AUGUUGAACCUAACGGACACCGGGUUAACGGUGUUCAUCGCUGUGAUUAUGGUGAUCACUGGGGCUUUGAAUACGCUAAUUGCAAAGUAAGUUGCUGAUUAGGCGAUUGGGGGAUUCGCAGGAAAAUAUUAGAGAAAUUGACAGAAACGUAAAAAUUCUGGGACCUAUUUUUAUUUGGCCUAGAAACUUGUGAAGAUCAAUGAAAUGUCAAGAAAAUUGAUGAUAUUCACAGGGGAAGUAGUACUCCAAGUGCGACGCUCAGAUUUUGAUGAAACUUGGCGCAAAUUUAGAGUAAUUUUUUUCAAGAUAUAUGCGAGAAUCCUAGCUCGCACUUUGCAGAAACAACCGAGAUUUUUAGAUCGAAAGUCGGCCAAAAUUUAGCACUCUUUGCCGAAUUUUGGCACAGAAAGUUGCAUGCCUAUUUCUACCGUAAAGAAAUGUUCCUACAAAAAAUCAAAAUUUUCCGCGCGAGACUGCCAAAGUUAUGGCCAAAAAGCGUCUUUCUCUCUGACCGCUCCCCACGUUUAGCGGCAAAAAUCGUUCGAUAUCUCGGCGGCGCCGGCAAAGCGCGAGCUAAAACUUUCAGGAAUUGAUAUUUAGCCCGUAUCCGACGUGUGUGCAAAAUUUAAAGAAAAGCUGAGCGUCGCACUUGGAGUACUUCCCCUGUCAGCUAGAUUAAGAUUAGAGUUUAUUCUUACACAAAAUGUCAGCUAUUUUAUCGAGUUUCCACCUAGAAAUCGAUCGACCAUUUUGGUAAAAAAAUAUUCGAGCGGAAUCGGAAUGCCAAGGAUUUUUCAUCGCGCCAUUUUUUGACGUGCGCCUCAAUGAGUCUAUUACGGAUGUGGUGUUUUGCCGAUCGUAUUAGGAACGUUAUUUAUUGGACAACCUAUAGAAAACCCUUUAAAAAUAUUGUGUCAAGAGGUAAUAUAAAAUAAUGAGAGACGGGUUGGGAAAAAUAGCUUUUAUCCUCUUUGUUUGUAGAUCUUUCGCUGAAAAGCAUGUGUUUUCUUGUUAGAUACCUUGAAGAUUACAUUAUAAUUCCAAUUUAUAAGAUCUCGGCUCUGAAUACUACAGUGACGGACCUGAUCCAAGAAAAGUGCCAUUUUGCAUCCGGGAGGUAUCAAAAAAUGCAGCAAAAUACCUCCCUCUCCAUUAGAAAAAACUUCUUUUUGAAGGGCACGCUUUCUUCCUCACAAAAAAAAAGCUGGCGCGCUUUUGAAAUCUGAUUUUUUCACUUGGAGAGGGAGGUAUUUUGCCACAUUUUUGAUACUUCCUGGAUGCAAAAUGGUACGUUUUUUGCCACUGGAUCAGGUCCCCCGCUGUAUGUAAAACCAGAUAAUUUGGAUACAGUCUUAUCAAAAUAAUAUACCUAACUUGGCCAACCCUUCUUAAAAAAUAAAAUCGACAUUAGAAGCCAUUUUCAGAUGGACAGACCGCCUAAAAUCCGCCGGAGCUCCGUUUGAACAUCCCUUCUUCCAAGCCAACUGCAUGUUCGUCGGAGAAGUUGGUUGUGGAAUUGUGUUUGCGAUAAUCUACUACUACCAAAAGCGAAAAAAUCAGGCUCCAGUUCUCGUGAAGUUCAAUCCAUUCCUGUUCGCGCUUCCAGCCGUAUGUGAUAUUACGGGCACGUCGUUGCAGUAUAUUGGUCUCAACUUGACCACGGCGUCAAGUUAUCAGAUGUUGAGGGGUGAGUUGGAAGUGGUUUUGAUAGGCUUGGAGAGAAAAUACGAUGUUUAAAUCACAUUUUUAGAAUAAAAAAUAUUUAUUUUUUCUGAGUGAUACCCUAUUCGCGGACAUCUCUAUUCGCGGACACCCAGUUCGCGGACAUUCCCAACUCGCGGACACCCUAUUCGCGGACAUUCCCAGUUCGCGGACACCCUGUUCGCGGACGCCCAAUUCGCGGGCGUUUUUAUAAAUAUAUAAAAUAGGCCCUGUAUUUAGGCUUGUAGUCAAACCUCGGGCUAAUAGUUUUGAAAAUUCGUAGUGGAAAUUACGUAAUAAGUAAAUUUCAGAAAUUUUGAGUAGAUAUCUUACAUAGGGGUAAUCGAUAGUGCUGAUUUCGAAAAUCAUACCCAUUUUUAUUUCAUUGUUAGUUCUUUCUUACGUAGUACCGUGUAGUACUUAGUUUUUGAAUUUUUCGAUGUGCAGGGUUUUAUAGCUGACCAAUGGAAGAAAUUUUUUAUCAGACAUCAUGGAUAAUAUAAUUUCAAUGUGAUACAUAGUUUUCUUGUUUUCUUUGCUUUCUGGUGGUAGUUUUAUACUUUUCAUGCCCUGAUUGAGACCUUAGAAAGUUUAGACAGUAGGUCUUCGUGCAAUAAAUCAGUUUUUACAUUUCUGCCGACAUCAAAAUAACUAAAAAAACAAAGAAAAUUAUUUUAAAUGAAUUAAAAGCUGGAGAAAUGGAUCAAUCCAUACAUCAUCUGAAUCAGAAGAAUUUUUUCAACGUUUUGAGACAAUAUUUGUGUCUCAGCUCCAUCUGAAACUUCAGAAAUUACCUAAAACAAUAUCCGGCUAGCAUCAAAAAAUCCAAAUAAAAUCUGUAAAACCUGAAACUUUGUGGCAUAAAUUAUACAUAUUCUGAUUCAGAAAUUUCCAGACAACAUUUGAGAUGCAAAAUAAAAAAAAUACGAUUUUUUGAAAUUUAUGACAAAAAUUUGUAAAAUAUGACAUUGCUGACAUAGAGCCCUGAAAGUUUGCACAAACAUGUCGUACCACAUGCCAAACGACUGUAGAAAAUUUCAGAGCUGUACAUACAAUCCCUCAAAAGUUAUGCGCCGUUUUCGGUUCCAAAAACUCUGAUUUCCCACUCCAAAAACCGGACUUUUAUUGCUAUAGUGUUUACUGAACCCUUUCUGGGAACCAUAACUUUGGCCAGAAACGACCAAAUUUUGAUUUUUAAAAAGUAAAUCUCCUAAUUUGACCCUUGCGAUCCUCGUGGUCUUGUUAGUUUACUAAAAAACCUUCAAAGAAAGCCGGAAAAUCGUUCCAAUACUUCGUUGACAUUUCGUCCAGAAAGCCGAUAUUAUUUUGACAUUUCGUUCAGUUAGAAAAUUUUGGCUUAUAUACUGCGAAUAUGAGUAAAGCAAUAUGUCGACAAGACGCAAAAUUUCAGGGCUCUAUGUCAUCAGUGUCAUAUUUUAAAAAUUUUUGUCAUAAAUUUCAAAAAACCGUAUUUUUUUAUUUUGCAUCUCAAAUGUUGUCUGGAAAUUUCUGAACCAGAAUAUGUAUAAUUUAUGCCACAAAGUUUCAGGUUUUACAGAUUUUAUUUGGAUUUUUUGAUGCUAGCCGGAUAUUGUUUUAGGUAAUUUCUGAAGUUUCAGAUGGAGCUGAGACACAAAUAUUGUCUCAAAACGUUGAAAAAAUUCUUCUGAUCCAGAUGACGUAUGGAUUGAUCCCUUUCUCCAGCUUUUUAUUCGUUUAAAAUAAUUUUCUUUGUUUUUUAGUUAUUUUGAUGUCGGCAGAAAUGUAAAAAGUGGUCUAUUGCACGAAAACCUACUGUCUAAACUUUCUAAGGUCUCAAUCAGGGCAUGAAAAGUAUAAAAAUACCACUAGAAAGCACAGAAAACACCAUCGCUUACCCCUGUGUCCGAUAUACACUCAAAAUUUUUAAAACGUUAUUUAUUACGUAAUUGCGGCUAUGAAUUUUCAAAAUUUUCAGCCCGAGGUGUGUCAACCAUUCCAAACAGAAAUUUAUCUAAAUGUCCGAACAACAUACACCUGGAAUCUUUAUGUCCGCGAAUAGUCUAUCUAAAUAUUUAUGUCCGCGAAUAGGGUGUCCGCGAGUUGGGCGUCCGCGAAUAGGACAACCCGUGUCCGCGAGUUGGGUGUCCGCGAAUAGAGAUGUCCGCGAAGUGUCCGACACCCAUUUUUUCUAUAUAACGCGAGUAAAAAUAGAUGAAAAAUAUAAAAAGUGACUUUUUAUAAAACAAUUUCUUUCCUUUUCAGGCUCUGUCAUCAUUUUCACUGGCCUCCUCUCCAUGCUCUGCCUUAAAAUGCACUUGGCCGGCUUCCGUUGGCUUGGCAUGAUCCUGGUCACGCUUGGCCUGGCCGUCAUCGGACUCUGCGACAUGUUGGAAAGUGGAACCAAAGAAAAUGGAGAAGAAAUUAUCUUCGGUGACAUGCUGAUUGUGGGCUCACAAAUCCUUCAUGCCGUACAAAUGGUGCUGGAACAAUCGAUUCUCCAGAAAUACGACGUUCCUCCGCUUUUGGCGGUAGGCUUGGAAGGGACGUUUGGAAUGCUGGUGCUGAGUUCGUUGUUGGUCCCAAUGUAUUAUAUUCAAGUGCCGAAGACGUUUUCGCACAAUCCGGAGCAGAGAAUGGAAGACGUCUUCUUUGCGUUCAGACAGAUUCGAGAGCAGCCGUUGAUUGCUGUUGGGUUGUCGGCUAUGAUCAUUAGGUAAGUUAAGGACAGACAAGAAAUCGGUCAGCCCAAAUUUUAGUACAUAGGUUGAUAGGGAAGCCUUCUAAGUACGACGCUCCGAAUUUCUUCAAAUUUGGCACAGAUGUCCAGCAUUACCCACAUUUCAAUUCUCGGAAAUUUUAGCUCGCGCUUUGCAGGGGCUGCCGAGAUAUGCAACGAUCUUUGCCGCCGAGAGAGUACGCGAAACGUGGAGAGCGGUCAGAGAAAACAAACACCUUUUUUAUUGGCCAUAUCUUUGACUGUUUCGUGCGGAAAAAUUUGAUUUUUUGUAGAAACAUUAGGCGGGUUGAGGCAAAAAACACUUUUUGACCACAUCUUUACCAGUUUUGUGCUGAAAAAAUGAUUUUUUGUGGAAACAUUACCCUCAGCAAUAGAAAUAGGCAUGAAACUUCAGAUGCCAAAAUUCACAAGAAAAUUUCACAUUUGUUUCUACUUUCGAUCUAAAAAGCUCGAUCGUUUCUGCAACGCGCUAGCUAGAAGUCUCGCAUAUGCCUUGACAAAAACUGACCUAAAUCCCAGCUAAAUUUCAUCAAGAUAUCAGUGUUGUGCUUGGAGUGCUUCUACUGUUAGCUGGAGCAAAAUUACUAUGGUAUAAUUUUCAGCAUUGCCUUUUUCAACUUCUCCGCAGUCACCACAACGAAACGUCUGAGUGCCACCAGUCGAAUGGUCCUGGAUUCGGUGCGAACCUUGAUCAUUUGGAUGGUGUCGAUUCCAUUGUUCGGCGAGAAGUUCAUUCCUCUGCAGGUAAAUACCAAGCCUCUUUUAUGGCCUCUCCUUUGUUAAAAAAGUCUACUAUAAGUCUUGCAGAUCCUCGGAUUCCUCUCUCUGAUCUUGGGAAUGUUUGUUUACAAUGACGUUUUCAUUGGCCCGAAGAUUCGAGAGAAAGUUUUGCCAAAUCUCCGUGAAUCCGGAAGAACUACAUUCUGCGUCAACUUCUGGGGAGCGAAUAACCCUAAUAUCGAAGAGGAAGAUGAGUUACUGAUUGUUGAGGAUGAAACUUUGGCCGGCUCUAGGCACAACCCUGCGUAG